CAGCUCCCACAAUGCGACCCAAACCAACAACGCCCACCCCCCUGCCCCUGAUCGCCUCACCUCGCUCCGGGAGACCAAAAGGCCAAACACACCAGCACCAAUCCAAACAAAGCAACAGAGGGAGAAAGAGAAAGAGAGAGUAAAAGGCUUUGUGAGCAGCAAACGAGUCAAAUGUACUUGUAGCUUGCGCCGGCCACCAAUCAGCAGCGGACAGCAGCCCAGCGGCUAAUAUCUCCUUCAACAGUGGGAGAUCGGCCGAGAGAGGGACGCACGCGCGCACACUACACCAGCAAGCAGGCGCUUUUUCAUCAAGCCUCGAGUCGUCGUCAGCAACAUGUGCAACACCGGCAGCAGUCCUCCCCCGUCGCCGCCGCUCACCGCCUUCAAGAAUUCCUCGCAGCUGCUCCACCCCUGCAAGGACGACGACGCCGGCCUCCUCGGCCAUGCGCCGGUGCUCUCCAAGGUGGCCGGCGAGGCGCGGGCGAUCGGGUGUCUGUCGGUGCCGAUGGCGGUGACGGGGCUGGUCAUGUACUCGCGCUCGCUCAUCUCCAUGCUCUUCCUGGGCCAGCUGGGGGAGCUGGCACUCGCCGGCGGGUCCCUGGCGCUGGGCUUCGCCAACAUCACCGGCUACUCCGUGCUGUCCGGCCUGGCGCUCGGCAUGGAGCCCAUCUGCGGGCAGGCCUUCGGGGCCCGCCGGGGCAAGGUCCUGGCCCUGGCGCUCCACCGCACCGUGCUGCUCCUCCUGGCCGUGGCGCUCCCCAUCUCCCUCCUGUGGAUCACUUCCACGGGCCACAUACUCAGAUUGCUGGGCCAGGACAAGGCCGUGUCCGCCGCGGCCCAGACGUUCGCGGCGUACGCGUCGGCCGACCUGGCCGUGCUCGCCGUGCUGCACCCGCUCCGGGUCUACCUCCGGUCCCAGAACCUGACGCUGCCAAUCACGGCAUGCUCCCUCUUCUCCGUGCUGCUCCAUGGCCCCAUCAACUACCUCCUCGUGUCGCGCCUCGGCAUGGGCGUGGCCGGGGUGGCGCUCGCCGUCGCGCUCACCGACCUCAACCUGCUGCUGUCGCUGCUCUGCUUCCUCGUCAUCUCGGGGGCCCACAGGGACUCGUGGGUUGGGCCGACCGCCGACUGCCUCCGCGGCUGGGCCGGGAUGCUCCGGCUCGCCGUGCCCACCGCCGCGGCCGUCUGCCUCGAGUGGUGGUGGUACGAGCUCAUGAUCGUGCUGUCGGGGCUCCUGGCAAACCCGCGCGCCGCCGUGGCGUCCAUGGGCAUCCUCAUCCAGGCAACCUCGCUCGUCUACGUCUUCCCGUCCUCGCUCGGCCAGGGCGCGUCCACGCGGGUCAGCCACAAGCUCGGCGGGGGCCGGCCCCAGGGCGCGCGCCGGGCCGCCGGCGCCGCGCUCGCCAUCGGCCUCGUCGUGGGCGCCGUGGCGUCCGCCUUCAUGGUGUCCGUGCGCAACCACUGGGGCCGCAUGUUCACGUCCGACUCCGAGAUCCUGCGGCUCACGGCCGUGGCGCUCCCCAUCGCGGGGCUGUGCGAGCUCGGCAACUGCCCGCAGACGGCCGGGUGCGGGGUGCUGCGUGGCAGCGCGCGCCCGGCCAGCGGCGCCCGGAUCAACCUGGCGUCCUUCUACCUCGUGGGGAUGCCGGUCGGCCUGGCGCUGGCCUUCGGGGCGCGCCUGGGCUUCGCGGGACUAUGGCUCGGCCUCCUGGCUGCGCAGGCGGCGUGCGCGGUCUGGAUGGCGCGCGCCGUGGCCGCCACUGACUGGGACGUCGAGGUGUCCCGCGCCAAUGAGCUCACCAAAUCGACCACCACAGCCAGCCACGCCGCGGAAUGCAACACCGGCCCAAGCAGUGUUGUCGCAACUAGCACCAAAACAGCCGCAAUUACGACCACUACUACUAGCAGCGGCAGUGCCGUCGGCUACGUGCCGAUCAGCGAGGGAAGCAACGACGACGCACUGGAGAAGCUGGAGGAAGGGCUCAUGGCCAUGGCCAGCUCUGGUGUUGGCGUUAGCAGCGCCACCAAUGCCAGCAGCAGCAGUGCUGGUUGUACGACGAUGGCUGAGGGAAAGGAGCAGAGGAGGGGCGACGUCUCGGAGACGGAGAGGGCCCCGCUGAUCAGAGUGGGGGACGACGAGGAGGAGCACGAUGGCGAUGGCGACGGCCGUGGGGGUGGCCCUGGCCAAGUCUAGUGUGGUCGCUCGCUCCGAUCCGGAGAUUGAUUCUGGGUUUUGAUAACUCUAGGCUGUUGCUAUUGACUUUGGUCCAUCUCCAACUCCAUCCUCUUUUUCGGUGGUGAGGUUAUGUUAAAGAGAGAGAAAAGAGUGUGUGCGUGUGUGCUGAGGAGAGAAAAAUGAUUAUAAACUGGCCUUCUAAUUUAUUUUUCUUUCUUCCUUGGUCACCACCACCCCGAGCCUGGUAUUGCUAUGUGCUACUCGUACGUACAACUCUUGGGCCCUUUCUGUAGAUACUAGUACUGGAGUACUCCAUAAGAGAAGAGGCCAAAUGUAUAGUAUUUGAUACUCCAUUGUUAAAUUGAUGAUGAAAGUUGAAAAGUGCUA